UUACAGAACUCUGGGCUUCCUGUCACCUCCCUUGUCAUAUCAGGGUAGGGCAGAAUGAGAAAGAGAGAGAGACAGAGAGGAACCAACUAACCAGGGUGAAGUAUUGCGGCUUAGAGUAUUUCCUGUUCUUUUCAAAAAAACACAACAGAGCAGCAAAGUGAAGUCGUCCGAAUGAAAAUGACAGUUACAGCAUGUUAGUACUUGAUAACUAAGCAGGCAUCUUCUCAUUUGUGCCUGAGCAACGGCAGUCCCAGGCCUCUCAGACCUUGAUGAAUUCACCUCAAGCCUGCCACGAAAAAGCAAAGGCGAAACCUCUGCAUAUCUAAGAAAACAUCCUGCAGAUUUGUCAAAUCCAGAAGUCACAACUCAUCAAGAAAAGAAGUUGACUCUCAGGUGUAUUUGGCGGGUGUUGUGCGUUGGCGUGACCUUUGCAAUCAGUAUGAUAACUGGAUUUGGCAAAUUCCAUAGCCGGCAUGGCCCCCAACAUGAGAGUUAUGAAGAAAAAUAUGAACGCCGUCAGGAGAAGCGUGAAAACCUGCGCAGAAUGAAUAAUAGGACCGUGUGCCGUCUUGUGGAUAAACACCAGAGGAAAGAGGCAAAGGAGCCACUUCAAAGCCCCCGACAGAAAGAGUUCCUCCGAAGAAGGAAUCUAAUAACUGAAGAGCUAAGAAGGAUAGAUGGACAGUUGCCUCCUGAGAGCAAAACUGGAGAUUCGGAAGAGAUACCAUCUUGGACGAAUCUGAGAUCAUCACCUACCAACCAGGAAUCUUGGAUUGACCCUACGUCCCGCCUUUGUACCAAAUCUGUGCUGCAUGACCCCAGUGAUACUUUUGAACAUGGCAACUUGGACUCCUCACCUCAAAACAUGUUCACUGCCAAACUUUCCAAAAGCUGUAAAGGUACACAGACCACAACUGAAUCAAGUGCAGAAAAGAAAAGCUCAGCCCAACAGACAGAUUGUGGAAUCACAGUUUUAGAUAAGGAAAUUAUUCAACUUUCUAACUAUCUCAAGGAGGCGCUGCAUCGAGAACUACUGCUGAAGCAAAAGUUGGUGAUUUUGCAGGAGCUUUUAGCUAUGUUGCUGCAAGCAGCAGAAAAAUCUUGGAAGGGUCAGUUAAAUGAAGACAAACUCAAGGGCAGAUUGGGUACACUGGAGAAUCAACUACAGAUCUGCACUCAGAGUUACUCAAAGCGGAGCUUAAAGAGAAUACUUGUGGAGAUGGAAGAUCAAAAGCAGAACUAUGAUCAGAAAGUGAAAGAGUCUCUUCAGAAACUGCUUGAGGAGAAACUGCAAGCAGAACAGCAACUGCAGAAUGCUCAGAAAGCCCUCGCUAUUGCAGAGGAAGACUGCGUCCUCUGGAAAGAACACUACAACACGUUAAAAGAAGACUGGAGCCAACUGACUGAGAAGCACAGUGAACUAGAAAACGAGCUUCAUGUCUUGGAAAACAAACUGCAGUGGUUGGACACCCAGAACUCUCAGCUGCACCAAGCCCUGCAAACCUUGGAGAGUGAACGCUCCAGUCUCUAUGCAAGGAUUGAUCACCUACAAGAGGACAACAGGCUCACAAUGGAGUGUCUCAAUGCAGUGGAAGGCAAGCUGCAAAGUGAAGUAAGAGAGAAGGUGGCGUUGGAGGCAAGAAUUAAAUGUUUGCACAAGCAGGGUGGUGUCACAGCACAGAGCCAAGUCCUCAGCUCAGCCAGAACCAAACAGAAUUCCCAGUCAAAGGACCACGAGGGGGGGAGAGAGAGCAGUGUGGAGGACCAGCUGCAAAAGAGGACAACCCAGCUCGCAGCUAAGGAGAAAGAGGGCACAGAUCUCCGUUGUGAACUAGAGGUCCUGGGUGACGAGUAUCGCAGCUGCUUCACCAAGUUACAGCAGUGUCGAGAUGAGCUCAAUCACUCUCAGAGCAAACAGGCCCAAAGACGACAUGAUCACUGGAUCCCUCUCCUAAUGGUAGUGAUGGCAACAGCUCUGGUAUCUUACUUAGUCAACUUUAUACCUUGA